AUGGCCCCGCGAUGCUUACUUAUCGGUACGCCGUCCAUCGCAGCGCAUCCUGAGCAACUUGAUAAGGUCUACGAAAUCCAUGACCGCAAAUCAACAGACUUGCAGAUGCUGGACCGCAUAGCGGCCGGUCUCGUCAAUCUGCCCGCCUCUACGUACGAUGUUGUCCUUCUCCUUGCCGACGCCGACGGUACAACUCGCGAGAGUCACAAACUGCUAGCACGCGAUGUCAUGAACAAAGUGGUGGGUGCAUUGAAGGUUGGAGGAGUGCUCAAGAGCCAGGCUGGUCCUCUCCAAGGCUCUGAGAAAACAGAGGCUAUUCUUGCUGGACUCACGGAAACGGCAGAUGGCAUGACAAAGCCAGAGCAAGAAGAGGCUGUGUCGAUACCGCUCAAGUUUGGCAAGAAGAGGACAGGCGCCGUCAAUGGAACAAAUGGUACAAAUGGUACAAAUGGCACGGUCAAUCCAGACGGUUCUGUCCCGCUCAACCUCAAUGGCAAGCGCAACCAAACCGAACCAGCCAAGCCAAACGGCGUAGGUUUCGUGGACUUUAGCGAUGAUCUUGACGACCCAAUCAUUACUGGAGAAGACGACGAUUUGAUCGACGAAGACGAAUUCAUCACUGAAGCAGACAUGGCCCGGCCUGUCAUUCAACCACCUGAAUGCCAGCCCAAGCCAGGAAAGAAACGACGCGCUUGCAAAGAUUGCACUUGCGGUAUGAAGGAAAAACUCGAAGCUGAAGACGCUGCCAGACGCGCCUCCGCUGACAAGGCUUUGAACGCACUCAAACUGGAUGCCGAUGAUCUCGCUGAGGUGGACUUUACAGUACAGGGAAAGGUGGGCAGCUGCGGGAACUGCGCGCUGGGAGACGCCUUUAGGUGUGAUGGAUGUCCGUACAUCGGACUACCGGCAUUCAAGCCUGGUGAGGAGGUGCGGUUGUUGAACAAUGAUAUUCAGUUGUAG